GUAAAACUGCGAACACGCGAUUAAAAACUCGAAUUAUCGUUAUAUUCUUGUUGGACGGAGUGGCGAAUGGUUGCGUACACGCGAACGGAUUACCCGCGUACGAGGGAUGAUAAUAAUAAAUUGUAAUGGAAAUCGAACGAAAGGGGAAAUGUUUUGGGAAGAGACGGGAACUACGAGACAAUAGAAAAUUGUUGACAAUGGGGCCCUCGUGACAAUAGUUUGCGGGGUGCUAGAGUGAACAGCGAAGACCUAACGUUAGAACGGAGUAAACAAUAGAGAAUUUAUAACAAUGUAAUUCCGCUGUUACAGAAAUAUCGAGCCACACAUUCUUCGUUUUGUAUGUUCUUGCAAUUCUCUUUCGAAUCGGUCAGAUUAAAUUGAACUAUAAUUAUACCGCAUAGAAAAUGAUAAUAACGUUAGAACGGAGUAGACAAUAGAGAAUUUAUAACAAUGUAAUUCCGCUGUUACAGAAAUAUCGAGCCAUUCAUUUUUCGUUUCUAUGUUCUUGCAAUUCCCUUUCGAAUCGGUCAGAUUAAAUUGAAUUAUAAUUAUACCGCAUAGAAAAUUAUAAUUAUACUUUCUCCCGCAACUCUGAUGAACUGCGAUCUAUUAAAAAUUCAUUUAGUGGCGGAGUAAUCGUUUCGAGCUGCUCGGAAAGCCCGGCUCGCAUAGUCGAACUUCUAAAUUAUUCCACCGUCGACGGAUAACAAAAUGAAAAUGAUGGAAUAAGUUUGUCGAUCGCGGCCGAUAUUUGUUUCCAAUGAGGCAGAAACCAUGCAAUUGGAACAGGAAUCUCCGCGAAAGAAGAAUUCCCUCUCACGUUUCGGCUCUCCGCGGAAUAUAGAGCAGAGUGGGGCAAAUAUAAAAGAAAGGUGAGUUUGACUUUCGGAAGCGGACUUUCGAGUCAUGUGAUGAAAGUGGUCUCACGUGGACGGUGCUCGUUCUACGAUAUUAACGCGUUCAUAUUGCCAUAGCCGCCGAAAAUUCCGCGACGUAAUGAUCUAAUACGCGCUGAGAAGUUAAUUGAAAAAUUAACUUUGAAAGCCGAUCGAUUCGUCCGUAUCGAAUUUCCUUGCGAUCUGCGAGACUCUCCGAAUCUCUGCGAAUUAAAAGAGUAAUGAAAAUAAUUGCAUUAUAUAAUAAUAAUAGUAUUAUAAAUCUCUGAACUGUUUAAUCUUCGUUUUAUCAAUUAAAUCGCGUUGAUUUUAUCGAGUUUCCGUGGUCGUUCAGUGGGACACGAUCGAUGUUAUUAACGACGACGACCGUUGUGCGCGGGAAUGAGUGAGUUAUGACAAAUAGUACGCUGUUUUUUUCAUAGCCGAUGAUUUAACCUGAAUUCUGUGGAUAGUGAGAUGCGUAAGGUUCGCCUGCCAGCGGCGUUUUAAUUUGUACGUGACAUUAUUAAACGUAUUUAAAGAGGAAAUAACGUGAUUCAACGGACCGUGAAUUGCUUUAACCAUGAAGAUGAUACUAGGGCGAUGUCUGCUGGUCGCAAUUGUUAUCCUGCUGCUCGACAUUAUCGAAACCGGGGAGGCUUACAAACUGAUGAGAUCGUACAAGCGUUAUAAACGUAGACCGUCGCAUCGACCACGAUGGUAUACAGGUCAUGGAUCAUCGAAGUACUACCAUUCGAGGAGGACGCCACCGGAAGAUUAUUAUUCUCACAGGCCUGACUAUUAUGGGUCCCAUACUGGUAACGAGGAUUACGACGGGCGCGUCGAAAACAAACCUUACACCAUCGUUAUCCAAUUACCGAAGGGCGAAGACAAGUACGGCAACAACGACUAUCUAGACAGUAGGAGAAAAUACGGGGGAGAGCCGGUUCAGGUGUUUACGAGCGAGAGUGAUUACAUCGACGAAGAGGAUGAUAUCAAAAGGGAUUAUAUGGACGACGCGAAGGUCGUUAAUGUUAACAAUAAGAGGGUGCAGAUUAAGAUGAUUAAAGGUGAAAAGCCGCAGCUGCAUAUCAAGAUAUCACGAUCGGACGACGAGCAAGAUACAGAAUUUAUUGACAACGCGAACAUCACAGCCAUGGGUUUACUAGCCGCGUCGUAUGCAAAUUUGACGAUGUCGAUGCCAAAUCCUGAGGAGAACUGGACAACGCUAGAACCAUCCACGAUGUAUCCGGAGGACUCCGACAGCAGUCAAUUAACAUAACAAAAGAAUAAAACACCGUCACUUCGUUGCUUUGGAGGAGCUCGUUAUCGUUUCUUCUCUCUCUCUCUCUCUCUCUCUUUGCUAAUUUAAUUUAUUUCCGAACAAGUCGCAAGAUUUAUCGAACAAGUCAAUUAUUUAUUAUCCAUUGUUUUAUUACUCCCUUGCGGUUGUUUUAUUUCUUAUUUGUUAUUUUAUUGUAGCUCGUUGUAGUUCGUUGCAGUUUAUUGUAGUUUAUUGUAGCAUAUUACAGGUUAUUUCAAUUUUUCAUAGUUUAUUGCACCUUAUUGUAGCAUUAUUUUGUAAAUUCUCGGCCAACGAGGUUGAAUUUAUCAAGAAAAAGACGCAAGUAUGAAUUAAGUAUAAAUAUUUCAGUAAAAUGUCGUAAAUUUACUAUAAGUUGUACUUAUACUUACAUCGAGAAUGUUUAGUUGUCAUUAGUUACGAUUUGUUUUAUAAUUUAUAAUUGGAUAUAAUCAUCGGUUAGUGAACGAUAAUAACACGUCGAAGUAAGCAACUUGACUAAAAAAUAAUACAUUGUUUAAGACGAAAUACAAUGUCGCUAUUUUAUUUUUAUUAUUGUAAUAUAGCAAUAAUACGUGUAUCGCAGUAAUUAAAAGCAGAAAAUAUUGAAGCGCACGCGGGAGAAACUAACAAAUUUUGGCUUUCGUAGUGUUUUUGCAUCGAAUGCAUGAAUAGAAACAAUUACAAAACGAAACAUGGAAUCUGCUUUUGAAUUCAGUACCUGGCUCGCAUCGUUUAUCAGUUAGCAGUAGUCGAGAAAAUAAAUGCUACGGGGAUAUAGAACGAACCUGGUGGAAUCCUUUGAACAAUACUAUUGAUUUUCCUCCGUGCCAGUUUUUCCCAUGGGGCAUUGUUUCGGAAAAGCACGAUCAUUCCAAUCGCUUAAUGGCAGCCGACCAUUGUGUAAUUAAUUGUGAUGUCGUCGAUUCGACGACUUAUGCAUCGGCAGAAGCAUGGGGACGUUAGCAACAUCCACGAUGGUCAAUGAACAUAGAAAAUAUAAAUUAUAAUUGAAACGUU